CAGUCGUCUCACCAAACACUUCAAUUCCCAACAAAGCUCCCGUAAAUAAACAAUAUUUCCUGAAAAAUGGCUAUGUCAAAGACGACCAACACCUACAAUCGUCAAAAUUGGGAGGACUCGGAAUUUCCCAUACUUUGUCAGACUUGUUUGGGUGACAAUCCCUACGUGCGAAUGAUCAAGGAGAAAUUCGGCAAAGAAUGCAAGAUCUGCUCGCGUCCCUUCACCGUAUUUCGUUGGUGCCCGGGAGCUCGGAUGCGUUUCAAGAAGACCGAAGUGUGUCAGACGUGUUGCAAGCUGAAAAACGUUUGUCAAACGUGUCUCCUUGACUUGGAAUAUGGCUUGCCAACGCAAGUACGUGACGCAGCGCUUAAAAUUCAAGACGAUUUACCACAAAGCGAUGUCAACAAAGAGUUUUACAUUCAAAAUAUCGACGCGCAAUUGGCGCAAACUGAUGGAACUGUCGCUGCGGGCACCGUUGGGAAAUCUCUCGCUGCCAGCGACAUGUUGGCAAAACUGGCACGAACGCAACCCUACUACAAACGGAAUCGGCCUCACAUUUGCUCCUUUUGGGUCAAGGGCGAAUGCAAACGUGGCGAGGAAUGUCCCUAUCGUCACGACAAACCAAACGAACCGGAUGACCCGUUAUCCGAACAAAACAUUCGCGAUCGUUAUUACGGCGUAAACGACCCCGUUGCGGACAAAUUAUUGAAACGGGCAGCUUCCUUGCCACGCUUAAACCCGCCCGAGGAUAAAACUAUCACGACGCUGUACGUGGGAAAUUUGGGCGAACACAUUACCGAAGUCGACAUUCGUGACAAUUUCUAUCAAUUUGGGGAGAUUCGAACAGUUUCCCUUGUCCCGCGGCAACAAUGCGCCUUUGUUCAGUUCACGAAACGAGCUUCGGCAGAAAUGGCAGCUGAAAAAACUUUUAAUAAACUCGUGAUGGGCGGCAAGAAACUCUCCAUUAAAUGGGCACAUUCACAGGCGAAACAAGGACCGCCGAAAGUUCCCAAGGGAAAUCCCGCUGUGGAAAAUAUUCCGGGAUUGCCGCCACAAAUCCCACUUCCGCCGCCAAUUCAUGCGUCGGAUUAUGUCGUAAUGCCGUCGGGCAUGAAGCUACAUUCUCUGCCGAGCUCUUAUGGCGGCGCAGGACCAAGCACGAGUUAUGUGCCCCCUAUGGAAGGACAAGGACCGGGGAUUCAUUAUCCGAGUCAGAAUCCGAAUCGACUUGGCGCGACACAAAAGUAACUUUGGACGAAUGAAUUCAAUAAAUUUAUUAAAAAUUA